AUGGCCAUGCCGCUACGGCCUCCAGCGCCAGCGCGCGAGGCAACGAAGGAUUAUGGCCGUUUCACGACCGUGGACUGGGUCGUCGAUGGACGCAGAGAGCGAGUGAAGAUUAUGCGACAUGAGGAGCAAGUGCAGCGUAUUGCCGAGAAUAUGCACGCACAGAGUUCUCAGGCUUGGAGGACGUUUGCAGCAUACGCUGAACGAAUGCCGUUCGGUGAACGUCUGAUGAUGUUCCUUAAUGCGAUAUUUGGUUAUGUGGGUGGAUUGGCUGGCGCGCUUCGAGCGCCCCUGCUGACGACGGCGGAAUCAGGCCUAGUCAUUUUGGUCGGUGUACUCAUUGGUCUCAACAUGGCCGUCAUUAGCGUUGUGACAGAGUGGGCUUCGGACCUGAAGCAGGGAUACUGCUCCGCCGGCUGGUGGCUGAACAAGAAGUUUUGUUGUUGGGAAGAUAUGGACCCGGCAGGUCCAGGCGCAGGAUCAGGACCCAAGGGCAUGGCGGCGUUAGCGGCGGCGGCAGCAGCCAAUGCAAACACGACAAGCGUCGCAAGUGCUAUUCAAACCAUGACGCGGCUGACCCUGCGGAGUGAGAGCCCUGUCGCGCCUGUGGAGACCUGCAACGAGUGGAUCGAAUGGGCCGCGUGGACGGUCCCCGCAUGGUUUGUGUAUAUCGGAUUUUCGGCCUUGCUGGCAUUUUCAUGUGCCUACCUGGUAAAGCAGUAUGCGCCCUAUGCAGCAGGAAGUGGUAUCAGUGAGAUCAAGUGUGUUCUCUCAGGUUUUGUCAUUCGUGGUUUCCUCAGUGCAUGGACCUUGGUCAUUAAGAGUUUGGGCCUACCAUUGGCGAUCGCCUCCGGAUUGAGUGUAGGCAAAGAAGGACCUGCCGUUCAUGUCGCCUGUUGUAUGGGUUACACAGCCUCCGAAGUAUUCCACUGGCUUGUGCCAAGCCAUGCAAAACUGCGCGAACUGCUUACCGCCUCUAGUGCAGCUGGCGUAGCCGUGGCGUUCGGCUCGCCUGUAGGUGGUGUGCUCUUUGCCCUAGAAGAAAUGACAUCGCAUUUCCCAGCACAGACUAUGUGGCGUACCUUCUUGUGUGCUCUAGCAAGCACAGUAGCACUCUCCUUCAUGAACCCGUUCAGGACUGGUAAACUGGUGCUCUUCCAAGUGGAAUACAACCGAGAUUGGCACUACUUCGAAAUUGCCUUUUUCCUUCUUCUCGGUGCCUUUGGUGGACUCUAUGGAGAAUAUGUGGCACGUUUCAACUUGCAGGUACAGCGUUUCAGACGGAAACGACUUGCCAAUCACGGUGUGGCGGAAGCUGUGAUCCUGGCUGUCCUAACAGCCAUGGUCAGCUAUUUCAACCGCUUCAUGCGGAUCGACAUGACAGAGUCGCUGGAAAUCCUAUUCCAGCAAUGUGAUGGAGCAAGUGAGAACGACGUGCUCUGCCAAUCGCGUAUGCAAUGGUCGAUGGCCACAUCGUUGUUGCUGGCCACCAUCCUUCGGUUCAUGUUUGUUGUACUGUCUUAUGGCUGUAAAGUACCGGCAGGCAUUUUCAUCCCUUCGAUGGCUGUGGGAGCCACAUUUGGUCGCAUGAUCGGUAUACUUGUAAAAGCAAUGCAGUCAGCCUUCCCAAGCUGGAGUAUGUUUGCUGCAUGUAAUCCACAUGAGCCUUGCAUUACCCCAGGUACUUACGCUAUGCUGGGCGCUGCAGCUGGAUUGGCUGGCGUUACUCGUAUCACUGUGGCUGUGGUGGUGAUUAUGUUCGAGCUGACGGGUGCUUUGACCUACAUCCUGCCUAUUAUGCUGGUUGUAGGUACGGCAAAACUGGUGGCUGAUCUCAAUGGUAAAGGCGGUAUUUCCGACAGGGCCAUCAAAUUCAACGGCUACCCCUACUUGGAACAAGAAGAACACAUUUUCGGUGCAGAGGUGGGUUCUCUUAUCCAGAAGCAGCCAGAUGCCUUGUAUGCUGAUGGAAUGAAGCUCAGUGAUAUUGAGAAGUAUGUAUCGGAAGCUACAUAUCGUGGAUUCCCUGUGGUUUCCAGCAGAAAUGACGCUACCGUCCUUGGCUAUGUCGAAAGGAACCAUCUCCGGUAUGCUAUUGACCAAACCUCUAAGCUCCAAAGCCUCACGCCGGAGGUUGUAUGCAAGUUUUAUCCCAAGGGCACCGAAGAAUAUGCGCUGACAACAGCACAGAUGCCUAAAGAUUUGCCUGAAACUAUGAGAUGGGGUAGCGGUGCUUUUGAUGAACCUGACUACAUCCUCGAGGAAAGCAUGGAGGUCGAUUCUGGCCCCUUGGACCUGGGUUCUUGGGUCGACCCUACACCUUUAAUGGUGCAGCCGGAAUUAGAUCUGGAGGUGGUGGCUGAAAUGUUCAAGAGCCUAGGACCCCGUGUCAUCCUAGUUUGCAAGAAUGGCCAGUUACAAGGAUUGGUUACCAUUAAAGACUUGAUACGGCAUCUUACAGAGAGGGAGAAAGAAGAGCAACAGCCUACAUACGUGCCUGCAAACAUGCAAGACUCACAUAUGGAUACCAAUUUUAUGGUGGGCAGUGGUGAGCUGGAGGAAACACUCGAGUUGACAUGGCAAUGGAUGACCUCCCUUACUAAGCGUUUCAAGUGGUGGCCCAAUGCAAGUCACAAUGUGGACAACGUACCACUCACUACUGUAACAACCGUGCAUCAAGACGAAUAG